CACCACCACCACCACACACACACACAACCGCCACACAGCAGCAGCAGCGCGGCGAAUCACUGCUGUAACACAACAACAGACAACAGACUGUCUGGUACUGUUUUGAGGCAUCGUGAUCAGAGAAAAAUCGGGAAACCAGGACAUCUUCUGUAGGAAUGGGAAAAGUUGGCUAAGAAAUUUAUGUGAUAUCUAUCGUCUGGCUGACCUUCGACCUCUUUCAGGAUGGGUAUCAUGUGUUGUUGCUAUGUGAAAAAGAACGAUGAUUAUGAGUCUCUGAAUCAUAAAUCAUCUGUCGAAUCUCCCAGUGGACAUUCCAGGUAUGGGACAGUAGACGAUGAAGAGCAUGACAAGAUAGUUAGUGCCAGACCACCAGAAACUAAACAGGGUCAUUAUCCAAAAUCACCUCUUAAACAGAAAAUCAGCUUGCAGUCAUCAGAUUCGGAACAGAGAUCAGUGAGACAUGUUAGGAUACAUGUCUCAUCGUCCGAUUCAGAUGAGAGCGAUGAUGACUCACCUCCUCCUAUUCACAGAAGUGCAUAUUCAAGUGCCCCACCAAAGAUACACAGUGGGAAUUCAGCACCAGCUACCAAAGAACAUGCCCCAGUUAAGGCAAGUCCAUCUAUCACAAUAGAAGGAGAUGAAGAAGAGAAAGAUCAAACUCCAAAGACAAUAGCCAGUGGCCUUGCUGCUAUUCUGAAAGGUGAAGACAUUGUAUCUCCACCUACAGAAGCCACCAGAGCAGAUGGAGAAGGUGCCUCAGCUGAAUCGUCUGAUCCCGAAGACUCGACAGGAGGGCACUCCAGCAUAUCUGCUAAUCAAGCUGGUAGCUUGGAUAGCUUAGAUGACAGUGAUAAGGGAAAGAAGUCUAAAAAGUCCAAGUCAGUUGUGAGGAAGGUUGGGACAUCUAUGAAGAGGGCAAGUAGGAAGGCCAGCAAGUCCAUGCAGAAAGGGAUGGCAAAGAUGCUACAUCCAAACAAAGGAAAAGAUAGCCCAAAUGAUUCUGAGGACCAUAACAACAGGCAAUACAAAAGCAGUAUUGACGACGACCUGGACAACCAAGAUGAACCAUCUUUGACUGUACCAUCAACCAACUUACCAUCACCUGGUCCACCUACCGGUAGUCCUAGAUCCCCUCGCCCUAUCUCACCUGGCGGUCAUAGCCCGGUAUCACCUGCUCGCCAUAGGUCCUUGUCUUACGGACGCAGGAGUCCAUCUUCACCAUCUGCACAUCAGCCGCUAACGAGGAUGAGCUCGGAUAGGAUGCACUCAAAAUAUGCAAGAGAGAAAGUGUUAGAACGUGAGAAACAAUGGGGUAAGAUAGAAGCUGAAGCACAAAAUAAACAAGAUUCUCAGAAGACAAGCGCUAUUGGCCAAGCUCUGCAAGCUGCAAAUGAAAGAGGUCAGAGACUGAAGGAGGUUGAAGAAACCACAGGUAUUAUGCAUGAUUCUGCCUUCAAUUUUGCUGAAUCAGCAAAACACUUAAAAGAAAAGAAAAAAAGAAGUGCUAAAUAUACUUCCCACUAGACUUAUGCAGCUGUCAACUCAGUUUUUAGUCUGCGUAAAGGACACACCUUACAAGUAGCUAGGUACACAGCACACCUUGCAGGUAAAAGGGGAGAGGUGUAUUGUAAUAAUAAUGUAACCUCCUACAUGUGUAUAAUGUGCCAGGGAAUUAUCUGCUUUCUUGCUUUGGAGGGGAAAAAACAGUUUUAAAUUCUAUGCUUUAAGAUAUUAAAUGUAAAAAAACAGUAAAGAUUAACAAACAUUAUCAUAAAAGCUGACAUGUGCAUUCCCAAACAAAAAUAAUUUACUGAAAAACCAAGAGUCACCAAUUGGAAAGAAUUGGCAUGCUUAGCAACUUGGUGACAAUGUACUGGGUUUUGAGAUGUAUGGGUGCCUUCAUCAGCCCAACAUUUCAAACUGAAGUACUAAUUUGCAAUAUUCACAACAUGUACUGUUGCUAUUAAUAUCAUAAUUGAAUACCUUGUCCUGAAUUUGAACUGUACUUUACCAUGUUGCACAAUAUCACUUCUGUGCCUUCCAUGGCAUAGAGUGCUAUGAUGCAACAUCACUCUGGAACUCUGUCAUUGUUUUCCACUGUAACAACCUCUACUCUCAUUCAAUCAUUCCUAGUCUUCAGUGAAGACAAUAUUAGUUGAUUCUGGAAUGGUUAUUUUUUACUGACAUUGUUAGUUCAAUGAAAAAUAUUUUUAAUCAACUCAAUAUUUAAUUAAAUUCAAUAAAAACUAUCUAGCUUCAACUUAAGCUGUAAUUCCCUGGGCUGUGCAAGCUUAGAAAAUGGUUAGUACUUAGAGGUCAUUCACAAUUAUCAACAUUUUCACAAGUCUACAAACAGUACUCUUUUUUGAUAUCCCUUCCCUCAACUCUGAAAGUAUACAAAAAAUAAUGUUCAUUUUGCAAAACCAUUCUCCUUAUUUUUGUGAAGUCAAUUAAAGCAAUGUACUUGGUUGCAUAAAAAUGAAUAUUAUAUUAAUGGUUAUUUUAUAAUUUUAUCAUUGU